AUGCCAGCUCCAGUAGUCGCCAGACCAUUAGACGAUACCGUUAUCUUCAAACCUUUGAAGGUAGGCAACAACGAGCUCUCCAACCGAAUUGUUUUCGCUCCAUCCACAAGAUUCAGAGCUUUGCCAGAUCAUUCUCCCUCUGAUCUUCAGCUUCAAUACUACGAUGAACGGUCAAAGUAUCCCGGCACCUUGCUCACGGUCGAGGGAACGUUACCUACCAAGAAGACCGGAUCGUAUGCGUUCGUCCCAGGAAUCUACACCGAGAAACAUGCUAGGGAAUGGAAAAAAGUCACCGACAAGAUUCACGAGAACAAGUCCUUUGUGACGGUUCAACUUUGGGGAUUGGGCCGUGUGGCAGACCCAUUCCAAAACAAGAAGGAAGGCGAGAAGCUCAAGGGUCCUUCUGCUUUGUACGAUCAUGAGAGACUGGAGAAGGUUGCCAAGAAGGCUGGCAACGAGAUCGAGGCUUACACCACAGAGGAGGUCGACGAUCUAAUUGAGGAAUACCUGAAGGCAGGCCGUUUGGCGGUGGAAGCUGGCUUCGACUAUGUGGAGUUUCAUUGUGCCCAUGGCUACCUUUUCAACCAAUUCUUCGCUCCUUCUGCUAACCAGAGAACUGACAAAUACGGCGGUUCGAUUGAGAACAGAGCGCGUUUCAUCUUAAGUGUUAUCGAUAGAUUGUCUAACGAGAUCGGCUCUCAUAGACUUGCAGUUAGAAUCUCGCCUUGGGCCACAGUAUAUGGUAUCAAGGCGCAGAAGGACGAGGACCAUCCAAUCACUAUUUAUUCUCAUUUCUUGCACGAGUUACAAAAGAGAGCCGAUGCCGGCAAACCGCUCGCCUACGUCUCUAUUGUGGAGCCCAGAGUGUCGGGUAUUUUCGAUGUGGAUGAGAAGGAUAUUGCUGGUAACAACGAUUUCGUCAAGAAUGUGUGGAAGGGUGUUGUUAUGAAAGCAGGUAACUACACGUACGACGCCCCCAAAUUCAAACAGCUUUUGGAUGAUACUGAGGAUGGCAGAACUAUGGUUGGUUUCUCCAGGUACUUCAUUUCUAAUCCGGAUCUUGUCACUAGGCUCAGAGACGGCAAGGAACUCAAUGCUUACGACAGGAAGACUUUUUACAAGACCACCAAUUGGGGCUACAACACCUACGAUCGUUAUGGCGAAGCGACUAAAUAUGACGAGGACUUCGAGAAAUCUCGCAAAGCAGCGCCCAUCGAUGUCAGUGCCAGAUUGUAA